GUUUCAGCACUGCUCUUAUUACACUCUUACACUACCCUGAUUGAACCACUGCUCUCACCUGGACCACAAACACAGAGAGUCAGCUGAAGGAAAGACAGCCAAGUCAGUUAGAGAGGAAUGAACUUAAAGGAGAACUAACUAAAAGGGGAAACUGCAAUACUUUGUCUCACCAAGGACUUCAGGACAAGCAAGCAGAACAAGCACACUGGGAAGCUCUAAUCAACUAUUGUGAGAUUCUGUGAAGGACGGCUAUAGUACACACAGUCUGGAGAUGAGAAUGAUACUGUAAGUGCAUCCUUACCACUCAUCUGUUGCAAUGGCAAGCUCUGUUCAUCUCUGCCUGUUAAGGGCAGUUUUCCUGGUGUGUUUUUUUAACCCUUUAAUCAAAGGACUAAAUGGAGAUGAAGGCGUGAUUCAGAAUCCUCAUCAUCACUUGCACGAGAAUAUUACUGGACUCCCAAUUGUCACGUUUAAAUGGCAUCAUGUUGAGACCCCAUAUCUGGUGGUACUUUGGGUAUUUGUAGCUGGAUUGGCAAAGCUAUCAGUGAUUAAACUAAGCCAUCGUGUCACCAGUGUGCUCCCAGAGAGUGGACUGCUCAUCAUCCUGGGCUUUAUUUUGGGAGGAAUCGUCUGGGGAGCAGAUAAAGCGCAGACUUUCAAACUGCUUCCACCCACUUUCUUUUUCUACUUGUUGCCCCAGAUCAUCUUGGAUGCAAGUUACUUUAUGCCCAACAAGCUAUUUUUCAGCAACCUGGGUGCCAUUCUCAUUUAUGCCAUCUUCGGAACAUGCUGGAAUGCAGCUACCGUGGGCCUCUCUCUUUGGGGCUGUUAUGAGGCCGGAGCGAUGGGUAACUUGGACAUCAGUCUUCUGCAGUUUCUAUUGUUUGGCAGUUUAAUCGCUGCGGUGGAUCCGGUGGCUGUGAUUGCAGUGUUCGAAGAAGUACAUGUGAAUGAGGUGCUCUUUAUCCUAGUGUUUGGAGAGUCAUUGCUCAAUGAUGGCGUCACAGUGGUGCUUUAUAAUGUGUUUGAUGCUUUUGUUACUCUUGGAGGCCCAAUGAUUGACGCCGCAGAGAUUUUAAAGGGCAUAUUUACAUUUGUUGUGGUGGCAUUUGGAGGUUCGUUUCUUGGUGUUGUGUUUGCCUUCCUGUUGUCCCUGCUGACCAGGUUCACCAAACACAUUCAGAUCAUCGAAGCCGGCUUUGUCUUUGUGGUGGGCUACCUGGCAUACCUGACAGCAGAGAUGCUCUCCCUCUCUGCAAUACUUUCAAUCACCUUCUGCGGUGUCUGCUGUCAGAAAUACGUGAACGCCAACAUGGAUGAGAAAUCGGUUACAACGGUUCGUCAUGCCAUGAAGGUGCUUGCGAAUGGCUCAGAAACCAUGAUCUUCGUAUUCUUGGGUGUUACAGCCAUUGAUACAGAGAUCUGGGUCUGGAAUACAGGUUUCAUCCUCCUCACCCUCAUUUUCAUCUUUAUAUACAGGGUCAUAGGUGUUUUCUUGCUUACCUGGAUGUUAAACAAGUUCAGAUUGGUUCCUAUCGAGGUCAUUGACCAGGUUGUAAUGAGCUACGGUGGCCUGCGGGGGGCAGUGGCGUAUGGACUAGCAGCCAUGCUAGACGAAGAUAGUAUCCCAGAGAAGAAUCUGAUGAUUAGUACCACACUCAUUGUGGUGUAUUUCACUGUCAUUCUUCAGGGAGUCACAAUGAAGCCAUUGGUUCAGUGGCUCAAGGUCAAAAGAGCAGCUCAUUCGGACUUGAAACUUAUUGAGAAACUAAACAAUAGGGCAUUUGACCACAUUUUAGCAGCAGUUGAGGACAUUUGUGGACGUAUAGGAGAUAACUGGUGGACCAGAGGUUGGAACAGGUUUGAGGAAAAUUAUAUCAGCUGGUUAUUGAUGAAACCUAAGGCCAGAAAGAACAGAGACUACCUCUUUAGUAUCUUCCACAAACUCAAUCUGGAGGACGCUGUCAAAUACGUCAGUGAGGGUGAACGCCAAGGUUCUCUGGCCUUUAUUCGUAGUGAUGAAGCAGCCAAUGUAGACUUCAAAAAACAAUUUGGUUCAGAAUUUUCAAAUUAUGAGCUUGGAAUCGAAAAUUUCUCAGUUACCUCCAUUGUAAAAGACACUAUUCCCUCUGUAUCCCUGAACAUCCAUGGGCAAGACAGGAAGAAUGCGGUGGAUGACACAAACGCCCAUCAUCUUUUACAGCAGCACCUGUACAGGAGCAGAAAGCAUCACCGUCACAAGUACAGUCGCAAUCACUUCAGCAUCAACCAGAGUGAGGAUGAGGUGCAGGAGAUCUUCCAGAGGACCAUGAGGAGCCGCCUCGAGUCCUUCAAAUCAGCUAAAAUGGGUGUCAACCAGGCCAAGAAGAUCACAAAGCACCACAAGAAGGAGCUAACUCACAAGAUGGCUAAUGGACACCCAGACGGCAAAGGCCAUCUGUAUGGAGAUGAAGUUGACAGUGCUGUGGGGAGCGAGACUGGGAUUAUCAAUAGUACUUUCAUGAGAGACACAUAUACAGUUGGAGCUGGCAUAGAGAAUCCAGUGUUCUUGCCAGAUAUGGACAGUCACAGCAGCUUACCCUGGCUAAUGGAGACUGAGGCUGUCGCACCUUCCCAGAGGGCCCAGCGGCGCCUGCCCUGGACACCCAACAGACUCCGGCGCCUUGCACCCAUGAGAAUCAGCACCUGCUCCACAGACUCCUUCCUGAUGGCUGAUGUCUCUUUAACUCCGGAGGAACAUGAGGAACUGCCUCAAACAGAUUAUGAUGACAUGCGACCAGUCUUUGAAUAGAUACUUAAGGACAAUAAUGCGGAUUGCCACAAAGCACAUCCACAGCCAUGGAAGUGCCUGUACUAUUUACAGAUUUCAGUCCAAAACUACAAAAUCGAAGUGGAACUGCUGAAUAGCUAAAGGAAAUCCUACUAAAACCGCCAAACGCUAAUGAAAUAGCAUGGAUCAAACCUUCAUGGGUGUUUUCCCAUGGAUGAAUCCAUUUAGGGCAACAUAUUCAUGUACUAUUGAGUGGGUACAGCAGUAGAAAAAGAAAAGCGAAUCCUUUCAAAGUUUUCCAAGUGAUGCACCUGCCUUGUCCAGAUUUUCUCUAUACGAUUUUCAAAAUGUAAACACCUUGUGAAAUGGUUGGUCAAAAAGAGUUUCCCACAUAUGCUGAUGUAUUUUCAGCUUCAGUUUACAUCACAGCCAUGAUGAACAUUGUUGCUACUUGCUAUCUCUAGUAAGCUUUAACAGCUGAAAGGUUAGGGGGUUUAGUUAGGGGUCAACUGAUUAUCGGUGCUGAUAUUAAGCAUUUUUAAUGGUUAUCAGUAUUGGCCAUUUUCAAAACCGAUUUGCCAAUAAAAUUAUUUAAAAGCAUUUAAAGAAAGGUUUCGUCAGAGCGCUUGUUAUUCGUAAUUUUGACAUUCUUUUUCAUUUUUACUUCAGACUAGGGCUGCCCUUGACGAAAGAUUUUUCUGGUCGACUAGUAGUCGCUCAUUUUAAGCAUUGUCAACUAUUAGUUAUACAUUUAUUAAUAAACCAUAAAAAUCAUAAUAAUGAGCCUUUAACUGCAUACAUAGCCUAAUAAGUGCUCAAGCGCACACAAAAGUAAGCUUGCCAUAGCACACUGGCAGAUAUAAUAAUUAUGAAUGUUCUACGGAAAAACAGGAAAUAGACUGCAUUAACCUUUUAAUAAUUUAUUGAUAAACUAGUGCUUUCUUUGUUUUCGGCUUAGGAGAUGAAGUCGUGGUGGAAGUAGUGAUGCGCCUGUGUGCAUGUUUCAUACAGAUUACAUAAUCUAAGAAUAUUUGUUUUCUAUUUGAAUUGGUUCAUUUAAAAAUAGAAAUUUCACUCUCUGUAGAUAUAUUUCUGAUGUAUGUAAGGCAAGUAUACACUGAGUUUUGUGCUUAAGUUCAGAGACCGAGACGUCAGAAAGCUCAUCCUGUUUGCUUUCAUUAUUUUACAAAAGCACAACGUUUCGUUGUUGUUCCGUACAUACAUACAUACAAAUAAAUGCAGUCUUUACAGAUUCAAAAGAUGCAUUACUUUUUUCUGUAUGACCAAAAAUGACAGAGUAUUUUAAGAUCAACUGACCGCACCAGCGCCUCCAUCUGUCACGCAGUGAACACACUACUGUUCAGCUUCCACACACCCCACAGACACUUAAAUAGCGCACAUUUUUCUACUUUAACAUUAGAUUGAUCAGCCAUGUAAAGUUGCUACUACAUACAUCUUUCAGAUGAAAAGCCAUAUUUGAGGUCGAUGGAUGAUAGGUGAGUAUUUGAAGUGUUACCUGAUGUACUAUAUUACCAAACAGACCAGCCGUUAAUGAUCUGUCUGUCUGAAUAAAAUACACUUCCUGUGUAUUUUAUUUUUCUGCGACUAAGCGACUAAUACAAUUUUGGUCGACCAUGCCUCUUCUCGUCAACCCAACUAUUAGGGGGCAGCCCUACCCCAGACUCUGUUCAAAAUAACAGUUAUCGGUCUACUUGGUCUGUAACGAACAGUAUCGGCAUCUGCCCUGAAAAACACAUAUCAGUCGACCCCUAGUUUUGGUCAACUUUUAGGAAUAAACUAGAGUAUAGAUGGUCUCAAAGCUAAUAGAUACUAAUUAUAAGCCUCCAGUUUUGAUCUUUAAAAAAUGGUGUUGGGAAAAGGUUGAGAAUAUGUUUUGUGCAAUAAUGCUUAUGUAAUAUUAUGGAAGCUGCCAUGGAGUAAAAAAUAAAUUAAAAAGUUAAUUGUGAUUACUUUUAAUCACUACCUGAGAAUUUGUACUUCAGAACUCAGGCUUCGUUUACACUAGUGCAUUUUCGUUUUAAAACGCAUAACUUUUGCUACGGUUAUGCCUGCCAUUUACACUACUCCGGUGUUUUCAACACUCGAAAACGGAGACUUUUGAAAACGCUGCAGACCCCGUUUUAGUUUGAAAACUCCGGGGUUGCGUUUAAGUGUAAACAGACCAAAACUGAGACUUUUGAAAAUGAUGGCGUGACUGCCCACAAUACAAACUUAGAACUGUGAGGAAAAAAUCUAAAUUGUGAGAGAAAUUGUUUUAAUUCCGUGGUGGAAACAGCUUCCAUAUAAUACUGAAUAAGAGAGCAAAGCCAUGUAGUCUUUCACAAGAUCCAAAUUUGACCAUUUUGUAAUGGCACUUUACCACAGCGAUGUCACCUCUACACUUAACAUUCUUCCAUGCAUUACAAUAUGCAACUAAAUGAAUGCGGAAGUUAUUAAGUAAAUCUUUAUAUGGAGUGAGUUUUUCCCUCAUAGAAUUCAGUGAUGUUAGUAUUUUAGUCUGUAUGUGAGUAAAUUAAGGUGUAAACUGUUACAAAAUAUGUGUAUGGAAAACACAUAUGGGUUGUGUUAUUCAAAUAAUGUAUUUUUAGAGGCAUUGUACUUUCCUUUGUGGGAUUAAUAAAGUAUUUA